AUUGGGAACUGAAGUCUCACAAACUUCCUAAUAAGUUGCCGCUGGCUACCAGCCAAGGCCGGAGGGUUGUUUUGCAGUUGUGUUGAGCACAUCACACAUUAAGGGCCCUUUAAAGACCUGGAUUGAUUGGAAGGACAAAAAUUAAAAGCAGUCUGAUCCGGCCUCAUGCCAGGUCCCUGCGGAUUUUCUGCCUAUCCCAUUUCCAUCCACUGUCACAAUUUGAGAGUCUGCCUGAUUUGAUCAGAUUCACCUCUGGGAGAGGUGUGAUGUCAAGGUUAGGAGGACGCCAAGUUGUGGGCCACUUCUUGAUCUACCCAUCAGCAGUGUGAGAAAUGCUGGCUCUGAGUUUUCCGUAUCAGCCUCUUGGAAAAGACAAGUUCCUCGCUGUUUGCAACCUGGCAGAGUCCCUGGGACAUCCGGCCUCCGUCGCCUGGUAGAUGUGGCUUUUCCAUGCGGAGGCUGCGAGUCCCUCCUGACCCAGUCGCUGCCUCUCCGGGCCCUCUCUGGGCCGCGCCCCUGGGGACUGCGCCGCCAUGCUGCACCUGCUGGCUCUUUUCCUGCACUGCCUCCCACUGGCCUCUGGGGACUACGACAUCUGCAAAUCCUGGGUGACCACGGAUGAAGGCCCCACCUGGGAGUUCUAUGCCUGCCAGCCCAAGGUGAUGCGCCUGAAGGAAUAUGUCAAGGUGAAGGUGGAGCCCUCAGGCAUCACGUGCGGAGACCCCCCUGAGAGAUUCUGCUCCCACGAGAACCCCUACCUGUGCAGCAACGAGUGUGACGCGUCCAACCCAGACCUGGCCCACCCGCCCCGACUCAUGUUCGACAGGGAGGACGAGGGCCUGGCCACCUACUGGCAGAGUGUCACGUGGAGCCGCUACCCCAGCCCGCUGGAGGCCAACAUCACCCUCUCGUGGAACAAGAGCGUGGAGCUGACGGAUGACGUGGUGGUGACCUUCGAGUACGGCCGGCCCACUGUCAUGGUCCUGGAGAAGUCGCUGGACAACGGGCGCACGUGGCAGCCCUACCAGUUCUAUGCAGAGGACUGCAUGGAGGCCUUUGGCAUGCCUGCCCGCAGGGCCCGUGACCUGUCGGCGUCAGGUGCCCACCGGGUGCUGUGCACGGAGGAGUACUCGCGCUGGGCUGGCUCCAAGAAGGAGAAGCACGUGCGCUUCGAGGUGCGGGACCGCUUCGCCAUCUUCGCGGGCCCCGACCUGCGCAACAUGGACAACCUGUACACGCGGCUGGAGAGUGCCAAGGGCCUCAAGGAGUUCUUCACCCUCACCGACCUGCGCAUGCGGCUGCUGCGCCCAGCGCUGGGAGGCACCUACGUGCAGCGGGAGAACCUCUACAAGUACUUCUAUGCCAUCUCCAACAUCGAGGUCAUGGGCAGGUGCAAGUGCAACCUGCACGCCAACCUGUGCUCUGUGCGCGAGGGCAGCCUGCAGUGCGAGUGUGAGCACAACACCACGGGCCCCGACUGCGGCAAGUGCAAGCGGAGCUUCCGCGCGCGAUCCUGGCGGGCCGGCUCCUACCUGCCGCUGCCCCAUGGCUCUCCCAAUGCGUGUGCCGCCGCAGGCUCCGCCGUUGGCAACUGCGAGUGCUACGGCCACUCCAAUCGCUGCAGCUACAUCGACUUCCUGAACGUGGUGACCUGCGUCAGCUGCAAGCACAACACACGAGGCCAGCACUGCCAGCACUGCCGUCUGGGCUACUACCGCAACGGCUCUGCAGAGCUGGACGACGAGAACGUGUGCAUCGAGUGUAACUGCAACCAGAUCGGCUCCGUGCACGACCGGUGCAACGAGACCGGCUUCUGCGAGUGCCGCGAGGGCGCGGCGGGGCCCAAGUGCGACGACUGCCUCCCCACGCACUACUGGCGCCAGGGCUGCUACCCCAACGUGUGCGACGACGACCAGCUGCUGUGCCAGAACGGCGGCACCUGCGUGCAGAACCAGCGCUGCGCCUGCCCGCGCGGCUACACCGGCGCGCGCUGCGAGCAGCCCCGCUGCGACCCCGCCGCCGACGACGGCGGCCUGGACUGCGACCGCGCGCCCGGGGCCGCCCCGCGCCCCGCCACCCUGCUCGGCUGCCUGCUGCUGCUGGGGCUGGCCGCCCGCCUGGACUGCUGAGCCCCGCGCAGGACCCCCGGCCGGGGGGUGGGGCCCCGUCCGCGCGCCCCGCCGCGCCCCGCGCCCGGGGACCCGGGGGACCCGGGGUCCGGCGUCCGAGGCCCGGCGGCGAGAAGGGUGCGGCCCGAGCUGCUCCCAGGUGCUACUCAGCAGAGUCCUCCCGCCCCGUCCCCCCCAAGUGGCACCUGCCUCCGCCCCGGCUCUGCAGCAGGGAAUGCUGUGGGGUCCUGGCCCCAGCGGCCUGCGAUUUUGGUCUUAGUUUUUCUUUUCUAUCACCCACCACCCGUCUCCUUUUUUUUUUUUUUUUGCUGGCGGUGAGACAGGGGGUGGGGAGAUGCGCCGCUCACCCCGACAUCCCCGGCGUCCUGCCCCCUGCCCCCCACCACACACACGACUGUUGCAGACACCCCCUGCGCCUGUCCCUGGCUCACCAUCAGCCAGGGGACCUGAAAAUCCAGUUGCCUACAACUCUAGUCGCUGACUUGAUUCUCUUUUCUAUUCUUUCUUCGUUUUCCUUUGCAACCCACCAGACCCCAGGCCUUUCCAGAGGCCUGGUGACCAAGGAGCUCAGCUGUCUGGGGGAAGGGAGUUAGGAAGGAGGGUUGGGAGGGCUGGAAACUUCCUUUUGUAGGGAACUAUUUUUGUUUGUAUUAACUGCCCCUACAAGGAAGGACCUGAGCGGGGCCGCUGGUCACCACGGUGGGUGGUUGAUGGUGUAUAAUCUGACAGUAAAGAAUCUGCUCACUGCUGCCUCCA